GUCCGCGGGGUUCUUGUUUUUUUUUUUCUUUUCUUUUUUUCUUCCUUAUUUUUUUGUCUGUCUGUCUUCUCUGUUUCUUUAUCCAAUGGCCUCUCUAGAAAGUGCAGUCUAGCAUCGAUAUGGUGCGCAUGGCUGGGCUCGGCACAUACAAAAGAUAAUCAUAGCAGGCAACCCACAUUUCAACGGACCGAGGCACGAAACUCGAACCUGACCCCAGCAAACUGUCUCAUAGUAAAGGGCCUUGGGGUGAUUCAGCCCACACUCCCCCACCUCUCUGGGGUAGACACAUACCACACCGUGCGCUCACGAUAAAAAUUGGGAGGUCAGCCGUUGCUCACAGUUACAAUCAUCCUUUUGUCCGAUCGUAAAGGAUAUGUUGGUUUUCGUCUGUCCUUGCUUUCUUGGAUGUGCAUAUGAUGGGUCCUUGCCUCUCAUACGGUACCUCGGGUACCUGUGGAAUUACUUGUGUUUGUAAGGUACCUUGGG